CAAGAGUUACGUUUAAGGCAUAAUAUUAACUACUGAUGCAACAUAAAAUGUUUCCGUAUAGAACUACAUUUGAAUACGCUCUGUCACUACCCAAUUGGUAGCUAUUAUUUACGAUUUCUUGAUCCUGCCACAAUUGAGUGACCCAUGGCGAUGUUUAUAAUGGUAGGGACUGAAGCGUUCUAUUACGUUUUUUUCUACCAAGCUAGCAGCAACCAUGAGCAUGCUCAGGCUCCAGAAGCGCUUGGCGUCCAGCGUGUUGCGCUGUGGCAAGAAGAAGGUGUGGCUGGACCCAAAUGAGACCAAUGAGAUUGCCAACGCAAAUUCUCGCCAGCAGAUCCGAAAACUGGUGAAGGAUGGGCUGAUCAUCAGAAAGCCUGUGACGGUUCAUUCCCGUGCUCGCUGCCGCAAGAACACAUUGGCACGCCGCAAGGGACGUCACAUGGGUUACGGUAAGAGAAAGGGUACAGCCAAUGCUCGUAUGCCAGAGAAGUUGUCAUGGAUGCGGCGCAUGAGAAUCCUGCGUCGACUUCUUCGUCGCUACAGGGAGUCCAAGAAAAUUGACAGGCACAUGUACCACAGUCUCUAUCUGAGGGCCAAGGGAAACGUCUUUAAAAACAAACGCAUCCUGAUGGAGCACAUCCACAAGCUGAAGGCAGAUAAGGCUCGCAAGAAGCUGCUAUCUGACCAGGCUGAGGCUCGCCGCUCCAAGACAAAGGAAGCCCGCAAACGCAGAGAAGAGCGUCUGUUGGCCAAGAAAGAAGAGAUGAUCAAGACCUUGUCAAAGGAGGAGGAAACUGCAAAGAAGUGAAUCUAAACUGAAAGCUUUUCUUGUUAGAAUCCCAUUUUUCUUGCUAAUAAAUUUGGAUAAAUGAG